AUGCAUUUCCCAACCAUCAUCGCCGCUUUGACGCAGGCAAGCCUCAUCUCGGCUUACACGUCCUACCAUAGCAAACAAUACUGCGACCAGACUCGUCCGGUAGUCAUACGUUACAAUGCUGCUGUCGGCACCUGCUAUAACAUUGACGGUGCAGCCUCUUACGAGUUCGGCGGCGUCGGGGCCCCCAACAGAUGGGUGUGCAGUGUCUACACUCAGGGCGACUGCAAAGGCAAGGCUGCAGCGUACACUAGCAACAGUGAGAGUACGACCUGCACCAACAGCCCCAUCGGCUGGAUUUACUCCUACAAAUGUUCCUUUAUUUAA